UGAUUCCCUUCUACCUCUUCCUAACCUCACACGACACCUUUCCUCUGGAAACAAGGAGACUGCCACGCCCGACUAUUCCCCCAAUUGGCCCGUCGUCCUUCCACCGCUCAGCUGUCUUGUGUGUCGUUCACCCGGUCUUUGCGACUCUCUUGGUGCCCUCGAUUCCCGCAUCCGCCAAUUGCUGCAUUCAUUCGGUCAAUUCGACCUUUCUCAUCACACCCUCGGUCUUCACCCAUCCCGCUUCCUUAACCCGCAUUAAAGGCGAAAAUUAUCCUUAAUCACUCCGUCAAAAUGGCCGCCAUCAACUACUCCCUCGUCGCUCGCGACAGCUUCUCCACGCUCGCCAAGCGUUCAAAUUGGGCUGGCAGGAACGCCGGUGUCAUGGUCGUGUUCUGCGUCGUCUUCGUCGUCGGCGUUGGGCUCAUCGGCCUCUGGAUCUACAAGAAGGUGCUCGCCCGCAGGGAGAAGCGCCAAUCCCACGUCUAAGCGGACUCAUAUGACUGGGGUUCUGGGAGGCAUUGCGGGUGGGGGACCGGCCAGUCCGGGAUGGGCAAUGAAGUAAUGAUUUGCUACAUGCAAGGGGCGGCUUUUCUUGUUAGACAUUGGGGGGAAAGAGCGGGGGGAUAAAGAGACUCUUGGAAGGUUUCCUGGCCCUGCUCAGCAGGGAAGGAUUCCUGGGGAAAAGGAGAGUGGUUCGGCAAAAGAAGGAUGGGACGCAGUCCUGAUCCGGAUCGGUUUGGCGGCCGUUUUGCGACGAUACCCGGCGAUUCAAUCCUGCAGCAUCACCGCAACAGCACCUCUCUGGUUUCUGCUUGCUUCCACUGACAUCCGAUGUUUUAGGCGGCUUUCGAGAAGGCCGCUUGCUCGGAGUUGUUUGAGAAUGGUUGGGACGGAAAUCUAUGGAGGCGUUGUUCUCGGUCUCGUCGAUGUCGGUAUCUGCCCAUCGGAUCUCGGCAAGAACCUUUAUCCUGAUGUCGCGAUAUUCUCACACGGCGCGCCGGAUCUCGCCAUGGGGAACUUUGGCAGCUCAUAUUUACUAUACUUUUUUUUCUUCUAUAAUACUACCUGAUACCUUCACUGAUUCCGACAACCAUCGCCCAG